UGGCGUCCCAUGCAGUGCCAACUGCCUGUGGUAGACAAGGAAUUCCUGCUGAAAUGUUUGAAUGACACCCAGGUGUAUAUUUUAGGGGAUUCGAACUCCAGGGCUCAGAUGCACUGGUUCAGACUGCUGACCGGCUGCGAGGACAAGAUACAGAUGACCAAGGUGAAGUGGCACGCCCCCCUACUAUGUGUCAAUGAAAGUUUAGGUCUAUACAUCAAAUACUUCCCACAUAAACAUCCGUUCUAUGGAGCUCCGCGUGAAUAUAUUAGCAAUACAGACGUUCAUUCAUCCCUGCAACUUAUGGACAACAUUCCAAAGGAAGGAAAAUACGUCGUACACAUACACGAAUACCUCCACAUUGUAUCGUUUCAUAUGUCUGUGGUAGAGAACCAUCUCCUUCUUGUACGGGACGCCAUAAAACGACUAGUAGAACGUAACCCUACUGCGUACGUAAUUUACCAGACGGUGCAUGCGGCUUUUGAUAACGGAUGCCCUGUCAAGCAGAGGAUGAAUGCCUUCAUGUUGGAGCUACAGAGGCGGGUAUUGAGGGGUGUCAGUGACAGGGUCAUGCUGGCUGUGACAUGGCCGAUGACAGUGGCGUCUGCGAACAAGUUAUGUCAUCCGACCGUCAGUGAUCAGUUUCUGAAGUUUUAUAUGGGCCAUAUAUGUGGGAGAUUUUAAUCUGACAUUUUA